AUGUCGUUUAGUGAAACCCCCGACCCAACGGGCGCGCCCACAACGGGUUCAUCUUCGCCUCCAAACUCGACUCCUUCACCCUCGACUUCGAGUGCUACAACAGCCCCUUCAUCGAGCGCGUCGCGUCGGCCACCCCGGAAGAGCACUCUGACUCAACAACAAAAGAACAAUAAGCGCCAACGUGCAACCCAGGAUCAACUCGUCCUCCUUGAGGUUGAAUUCAACAAGAACCCGACUCCCACCGCAGCUACUCGUGAACGAAUUGCACAGGAUAUCAAUAUGACAGAACGCUCGGUUCAGAUUUGGUUCCAAAAUCGUCGUGCUAAAAUCAAGAUGCUCGCCAAGAAGAGUAUUGAGACCGGUGAGGGCUGUGACUCGAUUCCCGAGUCGAUGCGCCAUUACCUUGCCAUGCAAUACGAUCCCAGCAAGCCCGGAACUCGUGACCCCUUCGGACGCUCAGUGGGUUACCCAACCCCUGGCAUUUAUGCCAAUGAGGCCAACAACCCCAAUGGCAAAGUUGUCAUUUCGCAUUUCACUUGUCGAUCCUUGACAGUCGGUAGCUGGCGGCGCAUUGGACAGAACGCGAUGGACCUAGUAAUUUUCUACUCGCCCGACAAGGCCUGUAUGACAUAUUAUAUCAACAACGACUCGGCCGGUUAUAAGAUCGAAUACCCAUUCGCCCAUAUCAAGAACAUCACCCUGGAAACUGGAGACCCCAAUCCUGGACCAAACGGCCAACCACCCCGGCCCGGUGGCCUGGUGGUGGAGCUUAACCGUCCGCCUAUGUUUUACAUGGACUCGUCCAACUCCGGUGGUUUCUACCAAUGCGGAGAUUUCACUGAGGAACAACAAGCAAGCCAGAUCAUGGUUCAUCAUCUGGGAGGCCACCCCAAGGUCUUGAGUGUGCAGCUCGCCAAGCUCGUGUCUUUGGAAUCUUUCCAAAAUCGCCUCGCAUACGGCAACAACAGCAGCAGCACCAAUUUUGCUGUUACCCCAGCCAUGUCGCCACCUUUUAUUCAACGCCCUGCUUCUCAGCCAAACCACUUCGCACCACCGGCCUAUAUGAAUCUUUAUCAAGAUCACAACCACUUGGGUUUCAAUAUGCCGGCCGCUCGUGGACACAAACGCCAGCGCAGUCGCUCCGUGCCAGCCGCAAUUGAUAUUUCCGCGUUGCAAGGUCCCAUGAGUUCGUUCCACAUGCCGCAGACUCCAGCUCCGUAUAACCCUGCCGAGGCAGGAAUCUAUGCCCCUAUCCCACAAUCUGCACAUGCUCUUCCCACCGACCUGCGUAUUGACACAGAUGGAUAUGGACUUGAUUUCCGGACUCACCCCAUGUCUGCCACCACUACCGCAUCGCCUUCCGAAUACGCUAGCCCCUCGAUGUUCAGCAGUGCUGCACAGGGCGACUCGACUCCUGUUGCCAACAUGCCUCCUCAAUUCAAUGUACCCCAGUUUGUUUCUACAGGUCCGUCCGACACAUCGACUGUUGGCUCUCAUGCAACAUCACCCUACUCAGGUGUAAGCCCUGCCGACCCCAUGAUUGCCAAUCACUCGCCUCCAUUGUCCAACAUGUCUCAUUCUUCAUCUGACAUGUAUGGCUUUUCGCAUGAUCAGCAAUCUGGAUUUGUCGAGGACGGACUUUCGAUGAACGACAUGUACUCGAAACAUAACAUCAACUAUGCGAUGUCGCAUGAAGGACCUAGCUUUGAAUUGCCAAUGCACGGCAUGUCAGGUCAUGGUUCUCCAGCUUUGGGUGAUUACUCGCAUGGCAUGAUCAAUCUCGACGAAAUCAACUCCCAGGGAUUGCCCUCUGGAUCUUGA